UUUGGUUUCUGGUGGAUCAGGUUGGUUUCAGGGUGUUUGAGGCACUUUUUUAAACUGGUUUUAGAAGGCUGGUGCACUUUUCAGCUGUUCAAGUAGUAUUUAACAGGGAUUUUGGUCAUUUUUCAGCUGGUUUAUGGUACUUCACAUUUCAUUUGGUCGGGAUGGUUUUAGACUUUGGAGCACUAGGGGGCCAGCUCAAAGCAGCCAAGACCAGCAAACAGUCUUAGGCUGGUUUAACAUUUUCUUUUCUUUUUUCUAUACGAAACUCCCAAACGAUGAGUCACCAAAGUUACCUUGAACAGUUUUCUCUAUUUUACACGUUGUUAGUGACUGAGUCAAAGCGCCCUACCUCCUAAACACAGAGGACAAGUCCAUCCGCCCCCAUUCAAUUCACAGAAGCGCUGCGGGGCGAAAUCGCGCUCAGGCGUCGCGCGCUGAGCACGCCAUGCUCUCCACCGGGACCGCAGGAGAAAGACACCCUGAGCCCGUCCUGUGAUUAUCUCCAGUCAGGUGUACAGGCGGAAACAUGCCUGCAUUCCGUUGUCUGGGCAAACGAAGAAAGUAAGGUGUCACGGCUGAUUUGUUUUUAAUAUUCCCAUGUUCCACAUGAGGGAGGUUAAGAUUGGAGAAAGCGUUUGUCUAUCAGUGUUGCUUUUUUCUGGGCUUGUGUCCUGCUCAGGUGAUUUUGGAAGCCCUAUAACAGAUGAUGUGGCCACGUUGGACACACUGAGUGAAAACAUUCCCAGUGACUACAAAAUACCUAUCGAAUUCAUCACCCAGGAUGUGGGUGGAGCUUGCUGGCUAUAUUUGAACCUGUAUAAAGUUGAAAGAAGUUUAAGAACAUUGGCCAAAAAGUUUGGAAACCUGUCCACCAAUAAAGCGAACAUCACUAUUUUUAUAACAAUGCUGGAGGGUUUUCAUUUCACUCUGGACAAAGAGGAGCUGGAGGUGACAAUGCAAACAUUCGAGUGCCACUAUAGAAGGAGAAAGUGGCCGACUAGACGUUACUUUAGCCAUGUUAAAAAGGUCCUUACAGCGGCUGGAUCUACGCUUGGCAAGUUUGAUGACUGCACACCUCCUCCUUGCCAGAUCCCCACAGCUCCUCCAUUCACACCAGGUCAAAGCAGACAGCAGAGCAGUAUGAACGGAGCGAUUCACGGGCUCUUGGUGCUGUUCAUCAUCCCAAGCAUGGCACUUCUGGUCCUCUCUGUCAGGAUGGUAUUCAGAAGCAGCAACUGUUGUAUGCAAAGAAUGCAUGAAGUCAGCUUCAAUGAGCCCCAUGACGGAGCUGAAGAAAGCAGAACUGGGCCCCACAGCGGAGCUGCACAAGGGGACCCCGAUUCCAGCUCUAGCAGCCAGCAGGACAGGGCGUGGGUGGAUUCUUUAGGGUGUGCAGACACAGAGGUGUAAAUUAAAAAUGCAUGAGGAAACUCUUUGGAAAUGGCAGUAUUUUGUGGUGGAAAUCGCCGGGUUUAUGAAGCGGACAAUGAAGGGAAUAUUGUGGCUGUUCCAGGAGGGAUGCAUGAGAUGUUUCUACACUUACUCAUCAAGCUGUACCUGCUCACCACAAAAAAAAACAAAAAA